CUGUUUUAAUAUUCUCAAAUCAAAAACUGAUUAAGGCAAGAGAAUGGGCAGUCACCAUUGAUAGUAUUCGAUACGCCUUCAAUCGAAAAAAUAAAAAUGGCUGAGAUCAAACUUAAUAUCACCGGAAAUGCAAAACCAAGUCAGUCAACACCCGUAGAAAUAGCGAGCAGUCCAACAGAGAGUACGCGGCACACUCGUAACAAAUCAGUUCAGUGGGCUGAUUGGGAACUACAAGAUGUCAUGGAAUUCUGUGCCGAAGGACAUGCAGAGAAACUUGUUGAUGACGCCUGUCAGACCGAAACAGAACCCUACGUGAAAGAUGGAGCGAUGCCUUUAAUAGACAAUCUAAUUGAAACAUCCAUGGAAAUCAGUUCCUUGGCUUCACGCAGUUCUCGAAGUCCGUCUCUAAUUACCUGCACUACGAUGGAAGAGGAUGAUGAAAAGCAAGCAGCUCUUUCCGAUCUCAUCACCCACUUGGAAGACACGGCUGCUUUGCUAAGAGAGUAUCUACUUCCCCCGAAAGAAGACUUUUCAGGAAAUGAAAUCACUUCUGAACAGACAAUAUUUUUACUCAAAUACCAAAUUGUUUUGGUUCUUUUUAUACAGCUGGUCAGCAUUUUAAUAUUAACACUGUUUGAUCAUUUGACUGACAAUGAAAAGCAGACAGGGUAUCACAUAUUAACGAGGAGUUGCGGUGCUAUUCUACAAAUACUAAAUAUGAUGCUAGUGUCAUUUGCAACAGCUGUGCUGUCGAAACAAAUGCUGAAAUCCAAAGUGGAAGGAAAAUUAAUGGCACAGACAUAUCUUGCAACUGUAGUGACAUUUGCAGGCCUUUACUUCAUGAUAUAUCGAAUUGAUCCAAGAAGUUGGGAAUUUGGAAGCUCAGACAAAAUGGAAGACAAAAUAGCCCUAACUCAAUUCAUAAAAAUGCUAUACCUGUCUGUAUCUGCAGCAACUUUAUGUGGUGCAGCUAACAUUCAACCAAAUUCUUGGUAUGUAACAUUAAUAUUAUGCUUUCAGAGUCUACUCAAUUUUGUGUAUUUUGCAUCUAUUUUGGCACAAACCAUUGGAAACUACCACAGUUACACAGUGCAAGUUCGCCGAUCUAGUUCUGUAAGUCGACUAAAAGCAAGAUAAUAUUCAACUUUCAAGGAUUUUUGUAAAAAUAUGUAAAUAAACCAUAUGCUUUUCUUAA